AUGGCGACCGCCGAGGAUGGGGGAGCGGAGAGUGAUGUCGAAGGGGAGACUGUCGUCGCGAAAGGGAUGAGUGAGGAGGAGUACGACGAGAAGGUGCUCCGGCCUCAGCUCGCAAACUUGGAGAAGCUGCAGGACCGCUUGGAAGCAGAGUAUCGGGAACGCCAUCAGAAGGAGGGGACACGGUGGGGCCGUGUGGAGACGGCGGAUUCCAACUGGUCCAAAGCGAACAUGGAGAGGCAGAACGUAACCAGUGAGCCUCCCUCCUAUCUCGCCUCGCCAUCGCAAGCCGUCGCCGCGCACAGUCCAGAGCGCAAGAACAAGGACGCGCGGAAGGACAGGAAUGAUCACGUUCCCGGGGGGCUCAGUGCUUUCGUUGGCGUGGCGCUUCCUGCCCUUGUACCCGAGAAGAAGCGAGGAAGGCCCCCCAAGGCUAAGGGACCGGGCGAGGCUGAGCCAGGGCCCAAGAAGAAGCGUGGACGGCCUCGCAAGAAUCCCAUUCCAGUAGACCCCUCGCUCUCGGUGCCCUCUGCUGGUUCCUCCUCCGCGCUUGGCGUUCCAUCCAGCUCUCUCGCCCCCUCGUCUCUAUGUUGA